AUGCCCCUCAACAACAUAUUGGAGGUUGAGAUCUUCGAUGUAUGGGGAAUAGACUUCAUGGGACCCUUCCCUCCUUCCUAUGGCAACAAAUACAUCUUGGUUGCGGUUGAUUACGUCUCCAAGUGGGUUGAGGCUAUUGCCCUUCCUAUUGAUGAUGCUCGGGUGGUCAUUGCAUUCUUGAAAAGAAACAUAUUCGUUCGAUAUGGCGUACCGCGAGCAAUCAGAAGUGACGGAGGAACCCACUUUGACAACAGACAAGUGGAAUACGUACUGGCUAAAUGCGGCAUGAAGCAUAAGAUUGCCACACCAUAUCAUCUGCAAACAAGUGGUCAAGUGGAAAUUUCCAACCGAGAGAUGAAACGUAUCUUGGAGAAAACAGUGGGAAGCUCCAGAAAAGAUUGGUCCAAGAAGCUUGAUGAUGCACUGUGGGCAUACAGGACUGGGAAUUCUUUGCUAAUGCUUAUAAGGAGAAACAAGGAGGAGGAUGCAUACGAUGCUGCACAUAGAGAGGCUAGCAUAGGUCCAGCUACUGAUGGCCAGGACGAUGAUGGCGAGGACACGGUCAUGCCACCAGCCAUAGUUCGUGAUUCAGAGGAUGAGAAGAUGGAUGAUUGA